AUGCUUCACUGCGGACCACAGCUUCUGCUUUCAGAGAUACGCAAUUUGUACUGGCCACUUAAGGGUAGAUUAGCAGCACGUUCAACAAUACUACAUUGUGUMCAAUGCACCAGAACCAAACCAACUUUUCAAAUGACAUUGAUGGCCCCACUGCCGCAGCAGAGAGUACAGUGUUCUCGACCAUUCGGCAUAACUGGAGUAUAUUUGGCCGGACCCUUAAUUAUAAGAAGUGGCGUUCGUGGAAGAGUAAACAUGAAGGCUUGGAUAGCGAUUUUUAUUUGUUUAGCCACCAAGGCUAUACAUACUGAAGUGAUAGAAGACCUAACAAGCAACUCAUUUACCGCAACACUUAGAAGAUUUAUGUCUCGUAAAGGAAAACCAGCAGAAAUAUGGAGUGAUAAUGGGACAAAUUUCGUCGGUACCCAAAGAGAGCUAGCAGCCUAUCUCAAAAAUAUUGAAGGUGUUUCAGUUGAAGAAGGUAUUACAUGGCGCUUCAACCCGCCUUCAGCGCCCCAUUUUGGAAGGCUUUGGGAAAGCGCAUUAAAGAGUGCCAAAUAUAAUCUAACCCAGGUUCUGAAGGAAACCAAGCUAACACUUAUUGAACUACAAACAUUAUUAUGCCAAAUUGAAGCAUGUCUCAAUUCACGGCCUCUCACACCUAUGAGCAAUGAUCCGAAUGACCUGCAACCACUGACUCCAGCCCACUUCCUUAUAGGAGGACCAAUGCUUAGGCAUMCGAAACCAGAUUUAUCUCAAGAGCAAGCAAAUGGACUACGUCGAUGGAGGUUCGUGCAAUUCCUUAUUCAAGAUUUUUGA